AUGGAUGAUAGAUUCGUUCUUCGUCGUGCUCAUAUCUCUGACAUUGAUGCAUUGUCUCAACUUUGUCAAAGAACCAUUCGAGAAACAUUUGUAGAAGAUCUUUCCAUUCAUUAUCCUGAAAAAUAUCUUGAUUCUUACUUUCGUUCAUCGACAAGUCCAGAAUGGUUUGCCAAUAAAAUAGUUGAUCCCCAACAAGCUGUUUGGAUAAUAGAAGAUACGAUAAAUAAUGAAUUCAUUGCUUAUGCUGUUGCCGGUGCUUCUGAUGAUAUUUCUCAUCUUGAUGUUUGUCCAAAUAAAGAUGGGAUACUCAAUCGUUUGUAUAUCCGACGCGAUCACCAAUCGCAUGGAUUUGGUCGACAGUUGAUGAAGGUCAUUUUAUCGUGGUUAGACGAACAUUAUUCUGCACGACCUGUAUGGCUCUCUGUGUUGUCAAAGAACUUUAAGGCACACAAGUUUUAUGCGCAUUAUGGUUUCUACGAAGUCGGCGAAUAUGAUUAUCUUGUUGGAGAAUCGAAAGAUCAUAUGUUCAUCAUGAAACGUCAAACUAAUACAUAA